CUUUCUUUUUAGUCUUUGCAUGCACAGCUAAUCUGUCUGUGUAUCUGUGUUUCCAGGUGUGAAGUUCAGGAGCACCACUCAGUCCAGACAGGAGCAGUGUGGUCAGUUCAGUGAGAUCGUGCGACUCCACCAGCGUUCAGAAGAGGGCGACGUCGACCCCAUCUCACCCAUGCAGCUCCCAGACUCCCAGUGGAAACGCCAAGCCCCCACACCGGGGUCCCGGGAACACGACCCGGGCUCCCAACAGGUCACCAAACGCCACCGGAAACUGCUAAAGACCAGUCCAGUGCACACAAACUCCUCGUCAUCGACGUCUUCGUCAUCGUCGUCUUCGUCAUCGCACUCGGAGAUCUCGCGGCGUCUCUCUGACGUCCAGGAGUCCCGUCGCCGGAUCGUACGCGAGGUCUGCGGGAAAUACCGGAGUAAUAUCUCCCGGACGAUUACGCCGCAUCACGUGUCACGCAUUUACGUGGAGGACAGGCAUAAACUCCUGUAUUGCGAGGUCCCGAAAGCCGGAUGCUCCAACUGGAAAAGGCUCCUGAUGGUGCUAGCCGGAGUCGCAAACUCCACGCGCGAAAUAAAUCACGUGUCCGUUCACUACGACAAUCACCUGAAACGCCUGGACAGCUUCGACCGGCAAGGAAUCAGCAAGCGUUUAGAAACGUACACUAAAGUUCUGUUCGUACGCGAGCCCAUGGAGCGCCUGGUGUCCGCGUUCAGGGACAAAUUCGAGAGCCCAAAUUCCUACUACCAUCCCGUAUUCGGGAAGCCCAUCAUCUCCAAAUACAGAGUGAAUGCAUCGCAAUCGGCUUUGAAGACGGGAAGCGGAGUGACCUUUCGGGAGUUCAUCCACUACUUGCUGGACGUGCACCGUCCCGUGGGAAUGGACAUCCAUUGGGAAGCAACCAACCAGCUUUGCAGCCCCUGCCACCUGCACUACGACUUCAUCGGGAAAGUCGAGACCUUGGAAGAAGACGCCAACUUCGUUUUACGGAAGAUCGGGGCCCCGGAGAACCUGACGUACCCCUCGUUUAAAGACGGGAACCCCAAAGCGGCCAGAACUUCCACUCAGAUCACGCAGCUUUACUUUUCCCAGCUGAACGCUUCGGAGCGCCAGCGAGCGUACGACUUCUACUACAUGGACUACUUGAUGUUUAACUACUCUAAACCCUACAAAGAUCUCUACUGAAGCUUGGUCACGCGUGUCCGUCGCUAAGAUC